UUCACCCGCACCCGCAGUCUCUCUCAGUUACCAACAGACCGAGCAACUGUUUGUAUCGAGAGUGCUUUGAAGGAAAAAGCGAGUGUGUGUGUGUAUACAUGAAGGAGUAAGAAAGAAAGAAAAAAGAAAAGUCAUUAUAGAAGAUCAAGAGAGAAAGUGUAGUUUGAGAAAAAUAAGAAAAAAAGGGAAACAGAAAGAAGAAAACGGACCCGGGAGAAAAAAAUAAAAAUUAUCGCUAAUAAACAGAAGUAACGAAAAAAUAACGAACACAAUGUCUGGAGAUUCACAAAGCAGCCUGCUCUGAACAAAGGAAGUCUCUUUUGCGAAGGCCGUGGUUUCCAUUCGACGAACCCCCUUCAAGCCUUUUCCUCGUCCUUCGUUUUGUCGCGAUAGUUAUUUCGUUUCGCGUGAACGCACCCUAAAUUUACCAAUAAAUUCUAUUUUAGCGCGUUUUAUAUUCGCGACAAAGCCGGUUAACAAUCAAGAAGACGCUACAAUUGCAAAUUUGUAAAAAAAAAACAAGAUCAUUGAAGAAGAAGAAGAUCCUGACAGAGUGAUUAACUUGAAAUUCUUGACAAACGUGUUGCGUCGCCUCUGCCGGUUUCCUUUGUUCAGGUCCAACCGUUUCGCGCGUUAAACCAGUGUGUGGCGUCUCGGAUGUGACAUUUGUCAAUUUGUCUCUCCCAAUUGAAAAGAAUUCAAUUUGUGACGUCUUUGUGUUAACAACGGUGCUGAAUUAAGUGUACGGGAAUUUAUUUAUCAGUGGGAUAAUUCGUGAAAAUUGUGGAAAUUUUACUGUAAGCGUAUACUACAUAUAUAUAUAUAAAAACUGGCGCUGCCGGCAACAUAACCUCAAUUUGGCGCGCGCGUUGAUUUUUCUCUUUUCAACAUAGUAGUAAUAGUGUUCGGUUCAACGACGACAGCAAGUUUUUAGUGUGUACAUUUCCAGUGGAUUUUCGAGUUCUAAUUUAUACUCAACUUUAAUACAAGUGUUUUGGCUACUUCCUUUUUUCGAAUUCAGACCGAGAAAUUAUAUCUCCGGUCUGAUAUGUGCCACGAGAAGUAAAGAAGAGUAAAAAUUCACGGGAAAAUUUAUUGUUAAUUAUUCAGUGCUCUCCCCUAUUCUUGGACCACGGAUUAUACUCUUAUAUUCGUUGUGCUGAUUUGGAUUAAUAGAAUUUCGACGCUUCAGGAUUUUAUAAAUUUUUUGUUAGAAAAGGUGAGUCAGAAAUUGUCAACAAUAAAGUGAUACUACUUUGGAAUAAUUCUUUUGGAUUUCGGUCCUCUCCUGCCUCUCUAUACAAAGGGCGCGCGAUACGUCGGGCUGAUUUUAAGGGAUGCCGGUUGACUGAAGAUGGCCUCACCAACACCAUCACUGGAAUCGCGCGCGAAUUCCCUUGGCUCUCUGGCCUCCCUUUCUCCGCUGACGGUGAGCGGAAGUUCUCCACCAGCAAGUGACUCAGCAAUUUGCGACGUCGAUACCUGUGAUCUUUGUUUGGAUAGUGCAAAACCAGGAGACGCACCGUGCCCGCGUUGCCGAUUGGGAGGCGCUGGCGGCAACGGUGUACGUUGCACCGGCUGCAAAUCCACCGAAUCAGACGCAGUAGCAAGGUGCUUUGAUUGCGCCAAUUUUUUGUGUCCAAAUUGUGUAAUGGCUCAUCAAUUUAUGCAUUGCUUCGAGGGUCACCGAGUCUUGAAUCUCGGCGACUCAAAAUUAGAUUCAACAACUGGUAAUAAUGAUAAUAAAAAUAAUCUUGUUGUUAAUGGCGGCGGUACAAAUGGUGAGAAAAUUCUCUUCUGUCCACGACACAAGAGUGAAUUGUUAAAAUAUUUUUGCCGUCAUUGCACAGUACCAGUUUGUAAAGAGUGCACCAUUUCGGAUCAUCCAGCGCCACUUCACGAUUGUGCUCACAUCUCUGAAGUUGGCCCACAACAACUUGAAGCUGUUGCUAGAAUUGUUCAAGAAUGCCGUGCAAAAGCUGCUGAUGUUCGCGCCGCAGUUAAAGCCGCCGAUCAUGGUGCCGCAAGACUACAAGUUCAAUAUCACAAGGCACAAAAUGAAAUUAACGAUACAUUCCAAUUUUAUCGAUCAAUGCUCGAGGAACGUAAACAAGAACUUCUCAAAGAACUUGAAUCCGUCUUCUCAGCAAAACAAAUAUCACUUGGCGUUGUCACGCAAAAAGCAAACGAAAUGGCCGACAAAAUUCAUCAGACAUGUGAAUUUGUUGAAAGACUGACAAAACAUACAACUGUCACCGAAGUUCUAAUGGUGAAGAAAUUACUCGAUUCAAAAUUACAAAUUCUCCUGAGUUAUUCACCCGAUAUUGCUAAUCAAAAUGCUGAUCUCGAAUUUGUCAGUAACUAUCAAGCGAUUCAAGUUGGUGUGAGAAAUACAUUUGGAUAUGUUCGCAGUAAUAAUGAAAGUAACGCUGGACCCAGUAAACAACCACCAAUUGCGAGACCAACAUCAUUGUCCAAUGGUAGCAGUAACAAUAGCAGUGGACCCGGAAGUGCAGGAUCAUUAGGUGGAUUAUUACUCGAUCGACCCUAUAGCAAUGGAUUGGUAACGAGCACGAAUUGUGUAUCAACAUCGCCAUCGCCUUUUGAAAAUAACAGUGUCAUUUCAAAAAGGUUCAGUUCAGCGAAUAGUCUUGGUCCAUUUUCAACAACAAUCAGCGAUCUUGGAAUGAAUCCCUAUGAGAAAUGGAGUAACGGCGGCAAUGACGCUUAUCCAGUUUCAGUGACAGCGAACGAUCAUUUCCCUUUGCCAGCGGUAGCAACAGUUACAGCGGCACCUGGUGACUCCGUCCUUGAUCUCACAUCGAAGCUCAUGUCCUCCGCUGCCAUAUUCCCACCAAAAUCACAAAUAAAACGACAAAAAAUGAUUUAUCAUUGUAAAUUCGGUGAAUUUGGCGUAAUGGAGGGUCAAUUCACUGAACCAUCGGGAGUCGCUGUUAAUGCUCAAAAUGAUAUUAUUGUUGCCGACACCAAUAAUCAUCGAAUUCAAAUUUUCGAUAAAGAAGGAAGAUUUAAAUUUCAAUUUGGUGAAUGUGGCAAACGUGAUGGACAAUUAUUAUAUCCAAAUAGAGUUGCCGUUGUACGUACAUCGGGUGAUAUUAUUGUCACUGAACGUUCGCCAACACAUCAAAUUCAAAUCUACAAUCAAUAUGGACAAUUUGUAAGGAAAUUUGGAGCAAAUAUACUUCAGCAUCCACGUGGCGUCACCGUCGAUUCCAAGGGAAGAAUUGUCGUUGUCGAAUGUAAAGUAAUGCGUGUCAUUAUAUUUGAUCAAGGUGGUAAUGUUUUACAAAAGUUUGGCUGCUCUAAACAUUUGGAAUUUCCAAAUGGCGUUGUUGUCAAUGAUAAACAGGAGAUAUUCAUCAGUGACAAUCGUGCACAUUGCGUUAAGGUAUUCAAUUAUGAGGGUGCUUAUUUACGACAAAUUGGCGGCGAAGGUAUCACCAAUUAUCCAAUUGGUGUUGGUAUUAAUGCUGCUGGUGAAAUUCUCAUUGCGGACAAUCAUAAUAAUUUUAAUUUAACUAUUUUCACACAAGAUGGCCAUCUUGUCUCGGCACUUGAAAGUAAAGUGAAACACGCUCAGUGCUUUGAUGUUGCACUUAUGGAUGAUGGUUCAGUUGUUCUUGCCAGUAAGGAUUAUCGACUCUACAUCUAUCGUUACGUGCAAGUCCCUCCAAUUGGCAUGUAGAAUUCCGAGUGAGGAUCUAGUGGACUUUUUUUUACUUGCUACCCUAAAAACCCUUAACCCCCUAAACCCCCCCAAAAACGUCGUCUUGCCUGUCUUGCUAAUUGUCAAAUUCUAAUUUUUUUUUUUUAAAUCUCCGAAUCGAGAAUUCAUUGCUGACUCUAUUCGUGAGCAUGACUUCUAAUUCGUGACUUCGAAUUAGAAUUCGAUUUCUUAAGUCACUAUUAUAAUUAAUUUCAGAAUCGCGAAGAUUACUUAGACUGAUUCUCAAACAAGUGACUUGAUUUCCAGUCACAAUCAUUCUUAAUUUUUCAAGACUGAUUAUUAAUGACUACGUUCACGUGAAAUAAAUUCUCGAUUCGUGGAUUUUUUUUCAAAAUGAAUCGAACGCUUUUGUGAAAAAAAAAAACACAAAAAUAAAAAACUUUCGUAAGAGUGCCGCGAGUAUGACAGCGACCUAAUCUUUCCCGCGACUGGCUCAUAUUUAAAAAAAAAAAAGGCACGCACACGCGAGGAUUGAAAAAUGUGUGUACUGAAAAAAGCCAUUCAAAAAAAAAAAAAAAACUGACAUACGUACACACGCGCGAAAAAAAAACUUACUUGUUAAUGUUGUUAUAACUGAAAAUACUGUUGUUGUUGUUUAGUUGUAGAGCUCGCCGCCGCUAGUCACUUUUCCUCCUCUUCCUCUUUAUCCCGAAUUAAAUUCCUCUUUGCCCGUUUUUCCCCCCGACGUUCCCUGAGAUAAUUUUUUUUUUAUCAUUCCAUUUUUUUUUUAAAUCACCGUUGUCAUCGGCUUAUCCGCUCGCUAUAUUGAGGCGAGUCGAACAUCGUUAUCGUCAUCCUGCAACUUUACACGGUUUCCACUACGAUUAUUAUUAUUAUUAUUAUUAAUUAUUAUAUUAUUUUUUACAAUUGUUCUUUGACAUAUUUUUUUUUUUUGUAUAAUUAAGUAGAUUAUGAAUUAGCGUCUUUUGUAAAUCGAGUGAAUUUUUUUUUUUUUCUUUAAUUAUAAAAUGACGACAGAAACGUUACGCCGUUUAGAUUUAGUGAUAAGAAGAGAAAAAAUUAGACGAAACUAAGACUCUGCGAAUUUUUCCGCCAGAGAGACAAAUUAUAUUAGGAAAAGCGUGACGUGAUCGGAAUGAUUGCGAAUUUAUUUGCCUGUCAUGUAUUUUUUCCCUCCCCUUUCUUUUUUUGUAAUUUUUUUUUUUUUUUUUUUUUUUUUUAUGUACAUAAAAACCCUUUGUUGUUCGCGUCACGCUUCUAACGUUAGUACGUCGUGCUUAGUACUUUACACGAAGAAGCGAUGAAGGCACAUACAUCAGGGUGCUUCGCGUUUUCAUUUCGCCUAUUUAAAAAAUUGAUUUUUAAUCUUCGCGAAUUACGAAUUCAAGAGAUUAGCGGGAAAAAAAAAAUGAGCUUUUUGUGAUCGUUAUAUUUUUAAUGAUCUCAAUGAUCUUGAAUAUUGAAAAUAACGUCAGGAAGAAGGAUUUUUGAAAUUAAAAAAAAUCGAAAAUUUUUUUGAAUAUUCAAGAUCAAGUCUAAAAAUCGGGUUUUUUUUAACCUGGAGAAUUUAAGAUAAUAGAAUUUUGAAGAAUGAUACGUUUUUUUGAAGAUCAAAUUCUUGAUUGUCAAUAUAAUUACAGAUAAAAAUUGAAAAAUAAUUAAAUAUAGAAAUUGAAAAAUCAAAUAUCUUCAAAGAAACGUAUCGUUAAACAUAAAAGAUCGAAUGAUCAUUAAACAAAACAAUCUUUAAUCGUAAGGAUUUUAAAUGAUUGAAAAAAAAAAUUUAAUUCACAGAUAAAGAUCUUUAAAUUUACAGAUUUAAAAAAUCAUCAAUGAUCUUCAAAAGUUAACGAUCGAAUAAAGCUCAUUAGAAAAUGAAAAAUUAAAUCCUACAUCAAGAUUCGAUAAUUCGAAAAAAAAAUAAUGUGCAAAAUGUUCCGUAAUAUGGAAAUGAAACACAAAAAAAUUGGCAAUUUUCCACCCUGAUGAUAAUGAUGAGCAUAAUAUGGGAAUUUCUUUGAAAAAAAAUUAAUCAAAUGACGCUCGUAGCUGAAAAAAAAAUUUUUCUUUUGAUCAGGGAGAAAUUUUUUUUAUUCUUUUAAAUAAUUAACGAAAAGACCCUAUUGAGAAUUACGAUUUUCUCGAAAAUAAUAAUUGAAGCACCCUGAGAGCGAGGCUCGUUUAAAAAAAUAAAAAAAAAAGACAGUAUUACGCGCAUUUUCCCCUUUGUACAGUGUAGACAAAAAAAAAUACACACACACAACCUUUAUCUUAGUUUAAAAUUGUUUUUGACAAGAACAAAAAAAUUUUUUUUUUUUGAAUGGAACUAAUUUUACGUCCAAGUCCUCAAAAAAAAAAAAAAAAUUUCCUAUCUUCCUUAAUAUACAUCCGUUAUAUGUUUUCUACUUUUAAUAAUGUGUCUUUCUUUGUUUUCCCAAUUUCCCUUUUUUUUUCCUUUGACUCCUCCUUAAGUACGGUAGAACAGUAGAAAAGUUUUUGAUUUUUUUUUUUGUGAUGUAUCGCGUAAGAAUGUUUUUCUCUAUCUCUAUCUUUUUUUUUUUUUUUUUAAUGUCUGUUAUUAUUAUGUUUUUUUUUUGGUUUGUUUUUUCACUAUCUUUUUUUUUAUAUACAUAUAUAUAUUAUAUAUUAUAAUUUAAGUACCACAUCGCUCUCGAUUAUUUCUCAAGGACGACCAAUUUAAGGUAUAUCAACGAAAGUGCUCGCGUUUUCCCAAUUGAGCCUAUAUUAGUAAUAUAUUUUGUUGGAUGGGUCGCGAAUCGGAUUAUGAUUAACGACUUCAUGCGUGUUUACUAUUUACAUUAUUAUUAUUAUUAUUGUAUUAUUAUUAUUAUCAUUAUUAUUAUUAUUAUUAUAUUAUUAUUAUUAUUAUUAUUAUUAUUAUUAUAUUAUUAUUAUUAUUAUUAUUAUUAUUAUUAUUAUUAUAUUAUUAUUAUUAUUAUCGUCUUGUCCUUAUUUUUAUUUACUCGAAUGCGUUAUCAAGACAUGAGUGUUACUGCUGAUUCGUCGCGUUUGAACCAAACGAUUUUUCGAUUAUAAAACUCAACUAGUGUUACAAAAAAAAAAAAAAAAUUCGUCUGGCAUGUAAUUUGUUUGUUUUUUUUUUUCUUUUUUUUAAAUUCUCAAAAUAUUUCCAAAGAGAGACUCUCCGGGGACGAUGCGUGUAACUUUUGACGAUUUCGGGCAAAAAAAAAACCGAAAGAAAUCCCUUUCUUCUAUUUGUUAUCAAUUUUCUUUUGUGGUACGUCCAAAUUGUGUAUGUGUGUAUGUCCUUAUGUGAAUUUGAUUUUUAGAAUUUAAAAAAAAAAAAUCAAAUUCGUAAAUUUUUUUUAACUUCGUAACUUUAAAAAUUCCUUUCGAAGGUGUAAAAAUUUUUAAAGUUUCGAACUAAAUAAAUUAUAUAUUUAUAUAUAUUGUUGAAUAUUAUUAAUUUUGUACUAUAAUUAAUCAUCGAAAAUAUGUUUCGCUAAUUUAUUAUUAAAUGUUUUUUUUUUGUUCAAUUGUCAAGAAAACAUUUUCUGAUUAUUCACAGGAUAUUUUUUUGACAAUUUUGAAAUGUACUUUCGAUGAAAUUUUUGUUAAAACUAAGUUUAAAGGAAAAAAAAAAGAUUAAUUAAACAAAAAAUCAAUUUUAUAAGUAAAAAAAAAAAAAUUGAUAAUCGAAUUUAUAAAAAAAAUUACAUAUAUGAAAAAAUUAAGAUUCAGUAAAAAUUCAGUAUUCAUCGAAUCUCAAAGUGGACGUUCCGCAAAAUUUUCCCAGCGUACUUAUUUUUUAGUAAACAUGAUUUAUAGGAAAAAAAAAAAAUUAACCCCGGAGAUUCUCGAAAUCGUGAUCGAUCGAUCGAAAAAAAAAAAUUAACAAAUUGUGAAGAGGGUGUGAAAGAAAAAUCGUUUUACGUCCUCGAUUGUCAAAUAAAGCGAUUGUGGAGAAAUUAUAAAUUGAAUGUCAACAACGAUUAAAUAUAUAAUUAUGAGAAAAUCGUGAAAAGCAAAAAAAAUUUUGUAACAAAAAUUUAAAUGUUGAGAGAAAUCCUAAAUAUAUUUGCAGGAAUAACGCGACGUGUCAGGCACAGAUUUAAGGUUGUUUAAUAUAUAUAUAUUUUUUUUGUACCUAGUUUGUAGGAUUAACAUGAGGUCGUUGCGAAAAAAAUUUUUUGCAACUCACACUUUUUUUUUUAUUGUUGAGAAAAAAAAAAUGAAAGACCAUUUUUUUUUUUUGCAAAAAUUUUUUAUGAAAACUAAAAUUUUUUUUAAGAAAUCAAACGCGUAUCGAUCUCAUAGACUCGCGCGUCGUCGUGAUUCCUGCAAAUAAAAAAAAAGGAUAAAUGUGCGAUAAAAAAAAAACAGAGUUCGACGAUCGAUCGAUCAACGAACACUUGCCAACAAAACUAGACACAUUUCGCGUUUUCUUCUCUUAGGGAAUGGGGUGGGAGAUCAAAUUGGACGCAAUUUUUUUCUUUUUUUUUUAGUUCCGCGUCAACUUGUGCACGAUAUAAAAAAAAAAACAUGCGACAUUCUCUCUCUUUUUGUACGGUUUGUUAUGUUAUUAUUUUAAAUGAUAAACCCAAUUGUUCUUAAUUUAAAUGUAAAUCGUAUUUUUGUUUGUUUUAGUUAUUUUUUUUUGUUGUAAAAUGCUUUUUAAUAAUAUUUUCAGUUCACAUUA